AUGGGCUUCGCCGACCUUCUCACUGAUGCUGGUGCUGCCAUGCUGAACAGCUGGCUCACCACCCGCUCCUACAUCGUCGGUCACACCCCUUCCCAGGCCGAUGUUGUCACCUUCAAGGCCCUUCAGUCUGCUCCCGACGCGGAGAAGUACCCCCACGCCGCCAGAUGGUACAAGCACAUCUCUACCUACGAGAGUGACUUCGCCACCCUCCCCGGCGAUGCUUCCAAGUCUUACUCCGUCUACGGCCCUGAGGCCUCAGAGCUCCCCGUGAACCCUGCCAAGGCCCCUGCUGCCGAGGAGGAGGACGAAGACGUCGACCUGUUUGGCUCUGACGAUGAGGAGGAGGACGCCGAGGCUGCUCGCAUCCGCGAGGAACGUCUCGCCGAGUACAAGAAGAAGAAGGAGAACAAGCCCAAGGUCGCCGCCAAGUCGGUUGUCACCAUGGAUGUCAAGCCCUGGGAUGACGAGACUCCCAUGGCUGAGCUCGAGGCUGCUGUCCGCGCCAUCGAGCAUGACGGUCUGGUUUGGGGUGCCUCCAAGCUUGUCCCUGUUGGUUUCGGUAUCAAGAAGCUCCAGAUCAACCUUGUUGUUGAGGAUGAGAAGAUCAGCUUGUCUGACCUUGAGGAAGAGAUCUCGGCCAUUGAGGAUUAUGUGCAGUCGGUGGACAUUGCUGCCAUGCAGAAGCUGUAA